CUAACUUUUGUGGGGGGAGCGGGCGAUUAGCGGGCAUCGCCAGUGCCAGUUAAGAUUCUUAAGCCAAGACACACACCUUAAAAAUUUUGAUGUUUGUUUUGCACACGCACACCAACAUCAUUCGUGCUCGCCAGCACGCACACUGCCCCAAUUUUCAUAACGCGCAAGCUGUCAAACACAGUUGUUUGCUGUUGUCAAACGUGUUUGAACAGUUGGUUGUUUGGUGUUUUUUUUUUUUUCAUUUAUUCAAACGAUUUGCAAAAUUUAAGGUAAGUGAUCAUAUUAAUUAUUCAUUCAAGCCAUAAAAGCUUCAUUUCCCGGUAACAGAUUUUGUUGAUUUCCCCAGCCUGUGGAACAACCAUCGGGGACGACUUUGCAGCUUCCUCCUCCGCCACCUCUUCCAAGCGGCACACCGCUUCCAUCCCCGACGACGAAAACGGCCACCGUGGCCAGACAAAGAUGGAAUCUGGUCCGAGGUGCUGCACUUCAACGUCGGAACAAGACCAUAGGCGGCAACGCAGCAUCUUCCGCAGCCGUCUUCAAGACGGGCACGCGCACCACCGCCUCCAGGACACGUUCAUCGAGGAGGAUCCGGAGUGGGUGGUCGCCGGAAGGGGAUGACAAGCAGAGGGACUGCACCGCCAACAGUUGCGCCCAAUCCGGAUAGCGCUUCAGCAAGUGUUUCCGCCGAGGUGCGAUUGAAAACCAACAGUAGACUGGGGCGAACUUUCACCAGGCGUUCCUGUGGAACAGCAACAGUCCUUCCCCCAGCAGCAGAACCAGCGUCCAUUACGGAGUUCAAGCGCCUGGUCUUCAUGGUGACCCAAAUUUGUGCCAGCAACUUAUGCUUAGGAAGACGUCGUGGCCGACACAAACCAACAGCAGCCGGCAAGUCAACAGCCGCGCAUUUCCACCUAGCAAGAGUUCCACACCAGAGCAUCAUGCAAAACCGGCUGCUCUGCAUAAAGCUGCAAGACCAGCGCAUGAUGCUGUUCGAGCAGGUCGUAGAACCGGCCGCAGCUAACGUGGUCAGUUUGUCCAGUCCGUUUGCCCCAACAUCCAGCGCAGUCUGUCGGUGCUGAGCCAAACGGUCGCCGGAGCGAAACAAUUCUCAACGCCGCCACCGCAUUAUUAUUUAAGUUCAACUCCUUUUUACUUAAUUUAACUAAAUUCAACCACAUUUUACUGACUGUGUCUUUAUUUAACUCGAUUAAACUGCAUUGAACUAAAUUAAUCUCAAUUUUGCUUAGUUUAACUGAACUUUACUAAAUUUAGCUGGUCUUUACUGAUCUUAACCAAAUUUCAAUUAAUUUAAUGUAAUUUACCAAAAUUAAACUGAUUUAAUUUAACUAAUUUUACUAAAUAUAACCAUAUUUAACUUUAUUUGACUUAAUUUAACUAAAAUUAUCCAAAUUUAACUAAAUUUAACUUAGUUUUACUGAAUUU